AUGUCCGAUGAUGUCGACCUGCAACAGGAAAUCCUCCAGCGGACUCUGCAAGAGGUAGCGCACGAUGAAGGCGAGCACGACGCUAACCCGUGCGUGAUCUGUCUCGAACCCAUCUCCGAAGCCGCCAUCGCGGUGCCAUGUCGCCAUGCGAACUUUGACUUUCUAUGUUUGCUGAGCUGGCUGGAACAGCGUCGCAACUGUCCGCUGUGCAAGAGUGAAAUCACAUCAGUGAAAUACAACCUCGAGGACAUCAACGGCCCCAAGAUCUACCAACUCCCAGCAAGCACAAGCGACACCACAAGCACCUCCUCAACCUCACACCUACCAACACCCUCACAUCAUCGCCCACCCCGCAGACCCCGCCGUCCGCGCAGCCCCCGUCCCCAACAACAACAACAGUCCACCGACCCGCUCCGCCGCCGCCAACACAUCUACCGACACCAACUCUAUUCCCUCCGUGUCGGCUCCAACCGUCUUUCACAAUACCGCGAACUGACUCCGGAGCGCUUUAAUCGCGAAGAAGACCUCGUCUCCCGAGCCCGGAAAUGGAUCCGCCGGGAGCUGCAAGUAUUCGAGUUUCUCAACCCAGAAUCAGAGGACCGACAAGGCGGAGGGGUUGCGCGCCCCGGUCAGCAGAGACUCGAAAACCGGCGCGGCAAUAACGCAGAGUUUCUACUCGAGUAUAUCAUUGCUAUUCUACGAACUGUGGAUAUUAAGGGUAGUGCUGGGCAGGCGGAGGAGCUGUUACGCGAUUUUCUGGGCAGGGAGAAUGCCCGGUUGUUUCUGCAUGAGUUGCAGGCUUGGUUGAGGAGUCCUUAUAUCUCUCUUGAGGACUGGGAUCGGAAUGUCCAGUAUGAGGAUACCGUGGGUAGUGGUGGUAAUGCUCAUCCUUCGCGGCGGGAGCGCGAGGAGAGUAGAACUGCUACGCCAGUAUAUAGAGAUAAUAGGGGACCUCGGUUUCCUAAUUCUUCUGGGCGGGUGAAUAAGCCGCCGUAUCAUCGGAGAGGGGGCAGGUCGUCUCGGGAUGCUGUGGCUCAGGCGAGACGGGUACAAUAUGCCCGGGAUCGUUCAAGUGAUAUGGUAUCUCAAGUAUGA